AUGCCAGUGAAGAAGUACUUGCUGAAGUGCCUGCACCGGCUGCAGAAGGGCCCGGGCUACACCUACAAGGAGCUUCUCGUGUGGUACUGUAACAACACCAACACACACGGCCCCAAACGCAUCAUCUGCGAGGGCCCCAAGAAGAAGGCCAUGUGGUUCCUGCUCACGCUGCUCUUCGCCUGCCUGGUGUGCUGGCAAUGGGGCCUCUUCAUCCAGACCUACCUGAGCUGGGAGGUCAGCGUCUCCCUCUCCAUGGGCUUUAAGACCAUGAACUUCCCGGCGGUCACCGUCUGCAAUUCCAGCCCUUUCCAAUACUCCAAAGUCAAGCACUUGCUGAAGGACCUGGAUGAGCUGAUGGAGGCUGUCUUGGACAAGAUUCUGGCUCCGGGGACUGGUCACACCAACACCACCAGUGCCCUCAACUUUACCAUCUGGAACCACACACCCCUGGUCUUCAUUGAUGAACGGAACCCUGACCACCCACUGGUCCGCGACUUGUUUGGGGACAGCCAAAACAGCAGCAGUCCAGCCCCAGGAAGCACCUGCAAUGCCCAGGGGUGCAAGGUGGCCAUGAAGCUGUGCAGCGCCAAUGGGACUGUGUGCACCUUCCGGAACUUCACCAGUGCCACCCAGGCCGUGACGGAGUGGUACAUCCUGCAGGCCACCAACAUCUUCUCACAAGUGCCUCGAAAGGACCUGGUGGGGAUGGGCUAUGCCCCUGAUCGCAUAAUCCUAGCCUGCCUCUUCGGGACAGAGCCCUGCAGCUAUCGGAACUUCACACCUAUCUUCUAUCCAGACUAUGGCAACUGCUACAUCUUCAACUGGGGCAUGACGGAGAUGGCGCUUCCUUCUGCGAACCCUGGAACUGAAUUUGGUCUCAAGUUGAUCCUGGACAUCGGCCCGGAGGACUAUGUCCCCUUCCUUGCGUCCACAGCAGGGGCCAGACUGAUGCUCCAUGAACAGAGGACAUACCCCUUCAUCAAAGAAGAGGGCAUCUACGCUCUGACGGGAACUGAGACGUCCAUUGGGGUGCUGGUGGACAAGCUGCAGCGCAAGGGGGAGCCCUACAGUCCUUGCACCAUGAACGGCUCUGAUGUCGCCAUUCAGAACCUAUACAGUGAUUACAACACAACAUACUCCAUCCAGGCCUGUCUUCAUUCCUGUUUCCAAGACCUCAUGAUCCACAACUGCAGCUGUGGCCACUACCUGUACCCACUGCCCGCUGGGGAGAAGUACUGCAACAGCAGGGACUUCCCAGACUGGGCCUACUGCUACCUAAGCCUGCAGAUGAGCGUGGCCCAGAGAGAGACCUGCCUCAGCAUGUGCAAGGAUUCCUGCAAUGACACCCAGUACAAGAUGACCAUCUCCAUGGCCGACUGGCCUUCCGAGGCCUCUGAGGAUUGGAUCUUCCAUGUCCUGUCUCAGGAGCGGGACCAGAGCGCAAACAUCACCCUGAGCAGGAAGGGCGUUGUCAAACUCAAUAUCUACUUCCAAGAGUUCAACUACCGCACCAUUGAGGAAUCACCAGCAAACAAUAUCGUGUGGCUGCUCUCUAACCUGGGGGGCCAGUUUGGCUUCUGGAUGGGGGGCUCAGUGCUGUGCCUCAUUGAGUUUGGGGAGAUCAUUAUCGACUUCAUUUGGAUCACCAUCAUCAAGCUGGUGGUCUUCUGCAAAGGCCUGCGCAAGAGACGGCCACAGGCGUCGUACACUGGCCCGCCACCCACUGUGGCUGAGCUGGUGGAGGCCCACACCAACUUUGGCUUCCAGCCUGAUACAACCAGCCAUAGUCUCUAUGCCGAGGUCUACCCUGAUCAGCAGACUCUGCCCAUUCCAGGCACCCCACCCCCCAACUAUGACUCCCUGAGGCUGCAGCCUUUGGACACUGUGGAGUCAGACAGUGAAGUCGAGGCCAUCUAGACCCCACCCCGCCAAGCCGCGGGUGAACUCAAAAGCUGGAAAGUUAUAACCAUCGCCAGUGCUUCAUUUUAUUAGACUCAUCCAAAGAGCCAGCAAUACAGGUGCCCACGCCAGAGCCCGUGGCUCUCUGGAGAAGCCAGCAGUAACUGGUCAGCCCCAAGCUGAAGAAUCCAUAGGGUCAAGAUGCCGGUACCAGUAAUACCAAAGUUGUAACCUUGCCUGGCUCCUGCCCAC